AUGGCAAUCUUCUUCUCAACUUCAUCUGCAUGGGCACUUGUAAGCCUAAUCCUACUUGCAUUUUCCUCAAACUACAUUGCUACAAAAGCCGAGGCACGAUCAUUUUUCGUGUUUGGAGACUCGCUCGUUGAUAGUGGCAAUAACAAUUACCUUAUCACCACUGCUCGUGCCGACUCCCUUCCUUAUGGCAUCGACUAUCCAACUCAUCGUCCCACUGGCCGUUUUUCCAAUGGUUUAAACAUCCCCGAUAUUAUUAGUGAGCAUAUGGGAAGUGAGCCUACAAUGCCAUACUUGAGCCCUUUGCUUAAGGGUGAGAAGCUUCUGGUUGGGGCCAAUUUUGCUUCUGCAGGAGUUGGAAUCCUUAAUGACACUGGAAUCCAAUUUAAGCUAUAA